AGUAAUUUCCCCCGCUCCACUCCUGGGCAUCGCCUUGCUUUCCUUCCAGGGAAGAUCGUUCUGCUCGUGACCCCGCUGAGGAAAGAGACUCCGAUGGACUUACACCGGGCAGCGUUCAAGAUGGAGAACUCACCCUAUCUCCCCAACCCACUGGCCUCCCCAGCACUGAUGGUUCUUGCCUCCACCGCUGAAGCCAGCCGUGACGCUUCCAUUCCCUGCCAGCAGCCGAGGCCUUUUGGAGUCCCCGUGUCAGCAGACAAGGACGUGCAUAUUCCCUUUACCAAUGGCUCAUAUACUUUUGCCUCCAUGUACCACCGUCAAGGCGGGGUGCCGGGAGCGUUUGCAAACCGUGACUUUCCUCCGUCCCUGCUUCACCUCCACCCCCAGUUUGCACCCCCCAACCUGGACUGCACCCCGAUCAGUAUGUUGAACCACAGCGGCGUCGGGGCUUUCCGCCCCUUUGCGUCUACUGAAGACCGGGAGAGCUACCAGUCGGCCUUUACGCCGGCCAAGCGCCUGAAGAACUGCCAUGACACUGACUCACCCCAUCUGCGCUUCUCGGACACCGAUGGGAAGGAGUACGAGUUUGGCACACAGCUCCCUUCCAGCUCCCCCGGCUCCCUCAAAGUUGAUGAUACGGGGAAGAAGAUCUUUGCAGUUUCUGGCCUCAUUUCUGACCGUGAGACUUCAUCCAGUCCCGAAGACCGAAGUGACAGAUGCAAAAAGAAAGCAACUUUGUUUGACAGCCAGGCUCCGAUCUGCCCCAUCUGCCAGGUCCUCCUUCGCCCUGGGGAGCUGCAGGAGCACAUGGAACAGGAGCUGGAGAAGCUCACCCAGCUGAACAUCAGCAAGAGCUCCAUCCUGAAGGAUGCCAUGGCAGCGGGCACCCCCAAGUCAAUUUUGUUGUCGGCCUCAAUCAAGCGGGAAGGAGAUUCCCCGACAGCAUCACCCCACUCCUCAGAUGACAUCCAUCACUCGGACAGAUACCAGACCUUCCUGCGGGUGCGAGCGAACCGGCAGACUCGGCUGAACGCUCGGAUUGGAAAAAUGAAACGGAGGAAGCAAGACGAAGGGCAGGUAUGUCCCCUCUGCAGCCGCCCUCUGUCAGGAUCCGAGGAGGAGAUGAGUAGGCAUGUGGAACAAUGCCUUGCAAAGAGAGAAGGUUCCUGCAUGACUGAGGACGACUCUGUGGACAUCGAGAACGAGAACGGGAACCGCUUUGAAGAGUACGAGUGGUGCGGGCAGAAGAGGAUACGGGCCACUACCCUCCUGGAGGGAGGAUUCCGAGGUUCUGGAUUUAUCAUGUGCAGUGGCAAGGAGAAUCCAGACAGCGACGCUGACCUGGAUGUGGAUGGAGACGACACACUUGAAUACGGGAAACCACAGUACACAGAGGCAGACGUUAUCCCUUGCACUGGAGAAGAGCCAGGUGAAGCCAAAGAAAGGGAGGCGCUCCGAGGUGCUGUUUUAAAUGGUGGCACACCCAGUACUCGAAUAACACCGGAGUUUUCUAAAUGGGCCAGCGACGCAGAAAUGCCCUCAACGAGUAAUGGUGAAAGCAGUAAACAGGAGACCAUGCAGAAGACCUGUAAGAACAGUGACAUUGAAAAAAUUACAGAAGACUCUGCAGUGACAACAUUUGAAGCGUUAAAGGCUCGUGUCCGUGAGUUAGAAAGGCAGCUUUCCCGUGGGGACCGCUAUAAAUGUCUCAUUUGCAUGGACUCCUACACAAUGCCCCUGACUUCCAUUCAGUGCUGGCAUGUGCACUGUGAAGAAUGCUGGCUGCGGACUCUGGGUGCCAAGAAGCUCUGUCCCCAGUGCAACACCAUCACGUCUCCCGGAGACCUUCGGCGCAUCUACUUAUGAAGGAGCCGGCGGUGGGGCAGGACCCAGCGACCCGGCUCAGCUCGUCACACCCAGGGGGAGGAGAACGACCGCAACAAAAAAAAGACGUUUUAAAACUUAAAGAAACAAACGAACCAGAGACUCCAGACACGGACUCGAGGAUACAGGAGCAGUGGGGAGCCUCGGCUGCCAGGUCCCGCAAGUUGAGACCUCCUUCAGCAUCUGCAGCGGGCAAAACCAAACCCUUUGUUGUGAAGCCCCCCCCUUUUUUAAAACCAGUGUUCCCCAUCACCCGUUCCCUGGAGCUGGCUUUGCAUUGUGGAUGGCUCGUGAGCCCUCCUUUGGACUGUGUUGUUGACCACUCUGCCCCCAGGAGACUGGGGAAGGGACCCUUGACAGAAAGAUGUUAAAUAACCUGUAACUUGUGUUCUUUGUUCAGUUUUGUUUUGUUUUGUUUUUUAUUUGUUUUGGUUUGGUUUUCGGUUUGGUUCUGUUUUGGUUUUUUGUGGUGUUCUAGUGAUAACAAAAAGGUUUAAAGAAAAAAAAAAAAACACACCCAGGCAGAAAUGAAGCACAUGUAAUAUAGAUUAUAUAUGUUUACAAUGUUGUGUAUAAAUGGGAUAGACUCAAACAUUACAUACUAAUAAGUUUCCCUUUCUUUUCUUUGGGUUGUAUUUUUUUUAAAGAAGAAAAAAAAAAUGAGCAGAGAACAUUAAACCCAUAUUUUUCUUGGUUCAGCAAAGUUUUGGCAUUAAAGUCAUUAGUUUAAAAAAAGUAUAUAUAUACAUAUAUAUAAUAUAAAUGGUUUAAUGUUCUGUGGUGUAUAUUUCCUCAUUCAGAUAUGAAGUUAACAGCUUUUAGUAAUGGCUGUAGCAUUGCCCAUAACUUACAGAACUUAUGGGGAGUAGAGGAGGUGGAUUUUUGUCAUUAGUUGUAGCUAAUGGGGCUAUUUAUAAUAGAAUCGUUAUCCCCGGAAAGACACAGCUUUUAACUCCUCACCGGGGGGCCGGGCAGGAUAGAGGAAUCUGGCUCAGCCCUUUUGCCUUUUCCAGCUGGGGAAGGGGCAAAGCGUGUGGAGCUGGAAGGAGGGAGUCAGCUGGAGCCCUGCCCUCUCUCCCUGCUGGGAGUGCCUGUUUGAGGGGUCCAGCUGAUCCCCUCUGCCUCCUCCAAGGCUGUAGCACCUUCCCCUCCCCUGCCCGGCCUUGCUUUCCUCUCCUCCAAGCAGCAUUUGCUGGCUGAGGAUUCCUGGGCUGCUCAGGACGGUGGGGAGGAGGGGAUGGCAGGGGACAGGGUGGUCGUGCAGGUGGCUUUGCCCGGAGAUCUCAGCCAGUUCCCUCCCGGGCGGGGCUGCAGCAGCCCGGAGCUGUGCAAUCCCUGCAGAGCCAGCCCUGCGCCCACACCCCGCAGCUCCCACCCUCCUACAGCCCGCAUUUUGCCCUAGAGGUCUUGGCCCUGAGGCAGAGAACUAAGCCAGCUCUGUCUCUUCCCCACCACCCCCCCAGGGUGUCCAGCAGAGACAUUUCCAGCCGAACCCAGAGGUCUCCCACAGCCCCAGCCUCUUUCCACGCAGUCUCUCAUGCUUGUCCCUGUCUCCCAUACCCUCAGCCUUAACCAAAGCUGCCAUCAGGUCUGGUUUUCUUGUUUUUCUUUCUUUUAUUGUCAGGACCCAAGAAACAGAUACCGAUCCGUUUCCCAAGACCUCGUGUGCUGAAUUCUCCCGGCUCCGCUCCGUGUGUCCCUGCCCUAGCUCCCCGCAGCCAGAAGACAGGGAGAUGGGGAAGCUCAUCUCCCAUGCUCCUGCAGGGUCUUUCCAAGCGGAUCCCACCUGGCAGCAAAACGUGGCUGGGGUGUUUUAAGACAGUCUGGAAACAGCAAUGGAAGAGGGGUUUGGAACAGGGCCGCUGGGGUAUUUCCAGAGGGGGAAGGGCUGGGAAGGCAGGAUGUGGAGGGCAGGAUGUGUUCCCUGCCCUAAGUUUGGUGCUGUUUUGCAGAGAACAGCCGCUGGCCUUGGCGUCUCCUGAGUGAUUUCAGAAGGAUCCCACUGCAUC